AUGCGCUUGGGAGCUCUAUCAUUGCUCGCUCUGGGAGCGACUACAACCAGCGCAUUCCACGAUACUUCUCCCUUUUUUCUAGCGUCGACCUCGGAGAAUCUUUCUGCCUCAGCACAGCUUAAGACUGCUUCUUCGCUACUGGAGGAUCUCUCCUGGAAGCUUUCUGGUUGUCCUUCCGACUAUUAUGUUAUUGCUUCCCAACCCGGCGUCCACAGCAACGACUUCUCUACACUCAAGUCCGCACCCCGCCUCGGCGCGAAAUUGACUGGAAAGGAUCACACCAUCCGCUCGAGGACAAUCAUAAACGAAGUCGUUGGAGUUCUAGAAGCAAGGAAGGUGCAAGAACUUAUAGAAGCGGAGUGUGGAGCUCAAUCCACCAUCAUUGACGCCUCCUCUGGUAUUUACUCACCCGACUUUGGCGCUGAGCCCCGUGUGAUCCGCCUCGACUUCCCUGUACUUCCACAGGGAACUGAUCGCCGCCUCCAGCUUUCAGAUAAUGAUGGCCUUCUUUCCGACAUCAUCGAACGGCUACCGGAUUCCAAGAAGUACACUGUUCUCUACAUCACUUCGCCUAGGGAGACACUGAGCUCUGAAACCGGUGUUUACCAAUCUGAGGAUGCUUCCUACCAGGACCCCCUCCACAUGGAUUUGAAGCGGGACUUCUUGGCACAUGGUCUUGGGGAUGAUGCCCCCUCAAACAAGACUCUUUUCCGCGAAUACCACUAUUUCACUCCAGGCAUCAUUAUGGGGCUGAUGGCUUCCUUUUUCUGUCUUCUGAUCUUAUAUGUUGGCCUCAGUGCUCUCCUGAGCCUCGAGGUUCCGUACGCGGCGUUUGAGAAGGACAUCUCCGCCAGUGUGCAGAAGAAACAGCAAUGAUUUGUUCUUGAUCUCUUGCGGAAGACUUUGCUUGAACGUGUCUAGCUUUUUGAUUUUGUCCUUUUAAGCACAGUAUAUUUUGGUUUUGAAAUUCAUGCAUAUUUGUAUGCUGGCGUUUCAUCUUCUCUAUGCGAUAAGUCAUGAUGCUGUACGGAGUGCGAUGUAUGCUAUAUUUGGGUGCAUGUCCCUGGAUCUGGAUGUUAUCGAUAAUAGCCACGUGACUGGAUGGAAUGCGGGCAUUUGGAGGUCAAGAUGCGAUUACGGUUCAGCUCAAUUUGAUAACCAAUUGAUACUUGGGCUUUUCGUCCCCUGGUCUUGCUAGAGCAUCAGAAGGGCCCCUACUCCU